ACCAAAACGACGCAGUGUUGCGGUGUUGUGGUGUUGAGAAGAUUGUGGAAUGGGGUAGGCACCCCCCACCACCCCCACCAUCUUGGUCGUUGGUGCGGGCGAUCAUGGAUCAUCAUCGUCACCCUCAUCACACCACCCCUCUCUCCGAGCCCACCACCCCCACCACCCCUCGCCCCACCCUCUUCCUCUCCACCUCCGGCAAGGCCCUCCUCCUCUCCAACUCCAACAAAUCCCUCCUCCUCUCCAACUCCAGCAAACGCCUCGACACCCCGAGGAAAAAAUAUGUCAAGCAAGUCACCGGCCGCCAUAACGACACCGAGCUGCACCUCGCCGCGCAGCGCGGCGACGCGGCCUCCGUCCGCCAGAUCCUCGCCGAGAUCGACUCCAUCAUGAUGGGGAGCUUCGAGUUCGACGCCGAGGUUGCCAGUGUCAGGUCCGCCAUCUUUAAUGAGGUGAAUGAGCUGGGAGAAACCGCCCUCUUCACCGCAGCUGAAAAGGGCCACCUCGACGUCGUAAAGGAGCUCCUCCCUCACACCAGCCACGACGCGCUUUCCUCUAAAAACCGCUCCGGCUUUGACACCUUGCACAUUGCCGCUAGCAAAGGUCAUCUUGCCAUUGUGCAGGCGCUACUAGACCAUGAUCCCGGUUUGAUUAAGACGUUUGCGCAGUCAAAUGCAACUCCUCUAAUCUCUGCGGCUACACGAGGGCAUGCAGAUGUCGUUGAAGAGUUGUUGUCUAGGGAUCCUACUCAGUUGGAGAUGACUAGGUCCAACGGGAAAAAUGCGCUACAUUUAGCUGCACGCCAGGGACAUGUGAGUGUUGUAAAGAUACUACUACGGAAGGAUCAACAACUUGCUCGAAGGACUGAUAAGAAAGGACAAACUGCGCUACACAUGGCUGUCAAAGGGGUUAGUUGUGAAGUGGUGAAGCUGAUUCUUGCUGCGGAUGCAGCCAUUGUCAUGCUUCCUGACAAAUUUGGCAAUACUGCGUUGCAUGUAGCCACAAGGAAAAAGAGGACAGAGAUAGUGCAUGAGCUGUUACUUCUACCUGACACCAAUGUAAAUACCUUGACAAGAGACCACAAGACAGCUCUUGACUUGGCGGAGGGGCUUCCAAUAUCAGAGGAAAUUCUGGAGAUCAAAGAGUGUCUCAUUCGUUAUGGUGCAGUUAAAGCCAAUGAUCUCAACCAACCAAGGGACGAGCUAAGGAAAACCAUGACACAAAUCAAGAAAGAUGUGUAUUUUCAACUGGAACAAGCUCGAAAAACAAACAAGAACGUGAGUGGGAUUGCCAAUGAGCUACGAAAGCUGCACAGAGCUGGAAUCAACAAUGCUGCAAACUCAGUAACGGUGGUUGCUGUGCUAUUUGCAGCGGUUGCAUUUGCAGCAAUGUUCACAGUUCCUGGUGGGGACAAUGAUCAAGGGGUGGCAGUGAUGGCACACACUGCGUCUUUCAAGGCCUUCUUCAUAUCCAAUGCAAUAGCACUCUUUACAUCAUUAAGUGUGGUGGUGGUUCAAAUCACGAUUGUUAGAGGGGAGAUAAAGGCUGAAAGAAGGGUUGUGGAGGUGAUCAACAAGAUGAUGUGGUUAGCCUCUGUCUGCACCUCUGUUUCGUUCAUUACAGCAUCUUAUAUAGUAGUUGGUCGACGCAGCCAAUGGGCUGCAAUACUUGUUACCAUUGUAGGAGCCGUCGUAAUGGGUGGUGUUCUUGGUACCAUGACAUACUAUGUGGUGAAAUCCAAACGCUCCCGAAGGAUGAGGAAGUUCUCUAAGACAGGAACACAAUUGUGUCGCCUUUCAAAUUCGGAUGAUUCGGAAAUAAAUCCAAUCUAUGCCAUUUGAUGUUACUUAAUUUGGGACUUUAAUGUAAGUUUGAUCCUUCUGUUCAAUGCUUUUGUAUUUAUUUUUAUUUGGCAGGCAUUGAGAAAGGACUCUUAGCUUAAUUUGGAGGUUUCAUUUUGUUCAUAGAGAAUGGCUUUUAUGUAAGUAAAAUGGUUCCUUGUUACUCAUUGUUUCAAAGGGAACAAUAUAAGGAAGCCAAAGUGGUCAGUUACACUGUUUCUUAUGAAGGUUGAUUUCA